AUGGCGGGCCACCAGAGGGACAAGGUGAUUCCAGAUGAGGUCCAUCAAAACCAGAUCUUCCGGGAGCUGUACCUCAAGGAGCUACGAACCCAGAAACUCUACACGCAGUACCACGUGAAUCCCCUCCGCAAGGUCCACACGAUCACAAGAAAGCCCAUGUCUUGGCAUGAUAACCUGGAGGAACCCGCAGAUGCCAGGUUUCUCAAUCUCAUUCACCAUGCACACCAAGGACCGAGAAAGAAAUACCCAGAGACACAGACGGAAUCUCAAGAAAUCGGAUGGGACUCAGAGCCCUUGGUCAACCCCGAACGCCACGACCACAGGCUGAACCACUUCAGGGUCUACAAUGACAUCACACUCUACAAGGCUAAAAUGUGGAGCUUGGGGGAAGACAGUCACCGCACAUAG